AUGCUAGCCAUAUCUUUUUCUCUCUCUCUCUCUCUCUCUCUCUUAGUUUCUUUAUCUAUUUUUACUUUCUCUUUCUCUCUCUGUCUCUUAGUUUCUUUAUCUAUUUUUUCUUUCUCUCUCUCUCUUAGUUUCUUUAUCUAUUUUUUUCUUUCUCUUUCUCUCUUAGUUUCUUUAUCUAUUUUUUCUUUCUCUCUCUCUCUUAGUUUCUUUAUCUCUUUUUUCUUUCUCUCUCUGUCUCUUAGUUUCUUUAUCUAUUUUUUCUUUCUCUCUCUCUCUCUCAGUUUCUUUAUCUAUUUUUUCUUUCUCUCUCUCUCUCUCAGUUUCUUUAUCUAUUUUUACUUUCUCUUUCUUUGCCUGUCUCUUAGUUUCUUUAUCUGUUUUUUCUUUCUCUCUCUCUCUCUGUCUCUUAGUUUCUUUAUCUGUUUUUUCUUUCUCUCUCUCUCUUAUUUCUUUAUCUGUUUUUUCUUUCUCUCUCUCUCUCUGUUAGUUUCUUUAUCUAUUUUUUCUUUCUCUUUCUCUCUCUCUCUUAGUUUCUUUAUCUAUUUUUCCUUUUUCUUUCUUUGUCUGUCUCUUAGUUUCUUUAUCUGUUUUUCUCUUUCUCUCUCUCUCUCUUAG